GCCUCAAUCCCACCCCAAUUCCCGCAACUCCCCCCUCCUUCCAACACCCCAUUGUGUCUGGGCUGAGGGCCGCUCGCCUCUUCUCGUCCUCGUCCUUCUCCCCGCUCUUCCGAAUGGCUGCUCCCUUCGCUCGCCUGGCGGGCAAUGCGCCCAAAAGGCUUUGCCUUCGCCCCUCUACCUUCUCCAGAAACACUAUCUCCAGAUGCCGUUCGAUCUCGACGACUCUUCCUCGCCGGCAGGCCGAGCCUACCAGCUACCAGGCGACCCGCCUCAUUCCGACUGACCCGACCUUCACAUCUUUUGCCAACAAGGAAGGCCAUUCCGAAGACGAGUUCGCCGCCGACAUGGAGUCCACGGACACAGGGGCUAAUCGCAAGAUUCGCCAUUACACUGUCAACUUCGGUCCUCAGCACCCGGCUGCUCACGGUGUGCUUCGCCUGAUUCUGGAACUCAAUGGUGAAGAGAUCGUCCGCGCAGAUCCCCACGUUGGCUUGCUCCACCGCGGUACCGAGAAGUUGAUAGAGUACAAGACUUACAUGCAGGCGCUGCCGUACUUUGACCGAUUGGAUUACGUUUCCAUGAUGACCAACGAACAGUGCUUCUCCCUGGCUGUUGAGAAGCUCUUGAACGUUGAAAUCCCCGAAAGAGCCAAGUGGAUCCGUACCCUGUUUGGCGAGAUCACCCGUAUCCUGAACCACCUCAUGUCCGUCCUUUCACACGCCAUGGAUGUUGGUGCUUUGACGCCUUUCUUGUGGGGUUUCGAAGAACGUGAGAAGCUCAUGGAAUUCUACGAGCGAGUUUCUGGUGCCCGUCUCCACGCUGCCUAUGUCCGCCCCGGUGGUGUGUCCCAGGACAUUCCUAUCGGUCUCCUCGACGAUAUCUACCAGUGGGCUACCCAGUUCGGUGACCGUAUCGACGAGACCGAGGAGCUGCUCACGGACAACCGCAUUUGGAAGGCCAGAACCCAGGGUGUUGGUGUCGUUAGCGCCGCCGAGGCCUUGAACAUGAGUUUCACCGGUGUCAUGCUGCGUGGCUCCGGUGUUCCCUGGGAUAUCCGCAAGUCCCAGCCCUAUGAUGCCUAUGACCAGGUUGAGUUCGACGUGCCCGUUGGUGUGAACGGUGACUGCUAUGACCGUUACCUUUGCCGUAUGGAGGAAUUCCGACAGUCCCUCCGUAUCAUUCACCAGUGCUUGAACAAGAUGCCCGCUGGCCCUGUCCGUGUUGAGGACUACAAGAUCUCCCCUCCUCCUCGCGCCGCCAUGAAGGAGAACAUGGAGGCUCUGAUCCACCACUUCCUGCUCUUCACCAAGGGUUACUCUGUGCCUCCUGGUGAGACCUACUCCGCCAUUGAGGCCCCUAAGGGUGAGAUGGGUGUGUUCCUGGUCAGUGACGGUAGCGAGAGACCCUACCGCUGCAAGAUCCGUGCCCCUGGAUUUGCCCACUUGGGUGGUUUCGACCAAGUGUCUCGUGGCCACUUGUUGGCCGAUGCCGUCGCCAUUAUUGGUACCAUGGAUCUUGUGUUCGGUGAAGUCGAUCGGUAGAAGUGGAAUGAAGCGUCUCUGAAUAUCUUCAAGACCUGUAAAACAGCUCCAAGACACGUGAUUCUGAUAUGUGGCUCAUCAUCAAUUUCUUCUCAAUUUAGAAGCGAAUACAAAUGACAAAGAGAAAAAAAGAACAAUCGUCUAUAUCAAUUAUGUGUGAAGGAUGUGUGUGGGACCAGGAGCUGGGAUGAUAUAUCAGUUGUACUCAGUUGGUUUUCAUGGCGUUGAAUGCUUGUUCUGUCUGAUUUCCUAUGUUGUCUGUUUCUCGUCUCGUCGUCCCCCACCGUGACCCAUGUCCCAAGUUCUCGUUUAUCUCUUUUACCAUAACCCUGUGUAUAGUGACACUCAAAAUUAUUCUUUUUUGAUUACUCGUGACACUGGGAAACGAUGGUAGCAGGUGAGAGGAUGGAGAUAUGAGACGACGCUAUAUAUUCAGCCGAUCAU